AUGGUAAAACGAAGCAAAGAAUCCUUUGCCAAAAUUGUGAUCAAGAGACCAUCCCUUCAGGCUAUGAACGAUGGAGUAGUAGAUGGCUUUCGGGUUAGAGCUAAUGGUGGAAUGAAUUUUGGAAGCAAGGAAUUUGAAUGCGAAGAUUUCAAUGCUGUGAUUCCGAGAGGAAUAAACUCAAGUUCCAGACUUCAUUGCGAAUGUAAAAGUGAAGCUUCAACAUUUGGCUUUUUUGAUGAAAAGUGGCAAUGUGUGGAUAACGGAGAACUUCGCCAAAGUGAAGCCCUCCGGGAAGUUAUAUUUUUAAAUAUUGCCGAUGACUUCAAUAUUGCAAGGAUAGAUGUAAGACUUGUACCAAAAAAGAUAGUUCCUGUUAAUGUAGGAUUCCUUUUUCCUAACCAAAAAAGGGGAAGCUUAAAUCAACAAAAAUGGCCAACUCUGCCUCAAGCUCCAAGCGAUACUAUUCGCUCGGAAGAGAUUAUUUGGUUAGAGCGCCAACCAAGAAAAGAUUCAAGAAAUCCCAUUCUGGGUUCUGUGGAGGCGGCUGCAAUUAACGGAUGUAAUAACCAAGUUAUUACCACAGAUUCUCGUAAAAUUUCAGACGUCACGGACACCAUUUCUCGACCGCCUGAUACGCCUUUAUAUCAGGUGUUGGAAGGACCCUACGGAAUGGGCACGAUUAUGGACCGAGCAUUGUCCGGUCAGAACGAGCAGUCGUCCGAGCGCUUCCGAUCUGAUUCCGAUUAUGACGAGCCUGUGUUGAAAGAGGAGCGCGCAGCGAUUGGUUCGCCUUCAAAAGGGCGGAAAAAGGAAGCUGUUUACGAAGACGCGCAUCUUAAGAGAUUCACAGACGCUGCCGGCAGUAGUGAUACCUUAGACAACAACGAUGAGUAUUGUUAUAGUUACACAACUGACCUACCUUUAAAAGAUGAAAAAAGCAGACCACACGAGGAUCCCAAAACAAACGGCCCUUUAUACCACUCCUUGGAGGGCCCUAAUGCUGGGUACCAGGCCCUUGAGGGCAAACCGGCUCCGACGAACGGUUACACGCCCAUGGAGGGCGUAACAGAACUGAGUGGUUACCAGCCCCUUCAGAAACCAACACGGUCAGUCUAUCAGCCACUCAGAAAGACAACUACUGAAACUCCUCGAAGGGCGUUCACAAGAAAAUAAAGUCACUCUGUUUUAUCUUUGUUACUUUCUUAAAUUAAAAUUAUCUGCUUCCUUAGAGGAGCGAGUGAAUGUAUACUGCUUUGCUUUAAAAAAAAGCCUUAAUUUGGUGGUCGGAAAUGACCUCAUGGUAAGGCUUCGAGAGCCGGAAAUGACGUCACGUUUGUGUUUUUAUCCACUCUUUCUAUAUUUCAGUGAUGUGGUUUAUUUUCCUUGGAAAUCUAGCGUGUGAAUUUCUAGCACUCUAUGAAGAGCUGAGUUUUGAAUGUAGAAUUUCCUUGAGAAUUUUAGCUGUAGGCUGUAGGUAAUUUUUUGACUUAAAUAUAUUGAGCUAUACUUGUAAUAAAAUUGUAUAUGACAGUUCGCUUGAACUGUCAUAUACAAGAACUGUAAGAACGUUAAUCUUAGAAAACAUUAUACUUGUAACAGUCGAUCAAUCUUUACAAUACACAAUCUAUAUAAACAAUGUGGCGUUCAGUUGUGACUGAAGUAAACAAUUCCCAGUCCCCGGACAAUUUUGCAUCCCUACACUAAAUUAAUGACUUGAAAUUCCUUACAUAGUUUAAGCUCGAAAUUCUUUGGUUUUUUAUGUAUACCAGAACAGCGACUACAAUAACGCGAAGAAAAAAAUUGGCAUCGUUGCAAACAAUCAUAGUUCGGGGUCUUUAUUAAAUAUAUUUAAAUUCUCUCCGGGAUAAUAUAAUUGCAUUUAUUACUAACUUAGUGCAAUUUCUGUAUUUGAUGAAUUUCCUUACUUUCCAACAACGAAGCUAAACUUGUAUAAAAAUGUCCUGGACACUACAAUUUGAUAUUUUUGUCUCAAAGUAUUCAAGUGUUACCUGUAGAAAUAACUGAUUUAGGGUAAGUUUUCCAUAAGUAAUCGCGAACGGCUUGCACGGCCGGGUUGUUCCAAGCCCGAUUUAGCUAAUACAAAAUUGGCGAGAAUUUUUAUUUCAGUUUACUGACUUUUCGGUGCGGUUUUCUGUUUAUAUUGUUUGUUCUUCUAGUUUGAGAUUGUAUAAUCUCAAGCUACAGAAAAAUAAGCAUUGAAAAACAUUUUAAUACAGGAAAAAUUAAUAUUUCGGUUAACUUUUAAUCCUGGGUUAGCGUUAACCGGCUUUAGAACAACCCGACCCUGCGAAUAUCAACCUCAUACUUGUCUGUUUCAAAGUUCGCCGACGUUUGUUUGUUCAACAACCUGGAAAAAAUGUGCAAAAAUAAAGCAUUUUUUGCUGACCAAUA